GCAUUGGAUGAGCCCGGAGGGCGGUGAGUGGGCCCGAGUGUGGUCAUGGACCCUGUACGGGCAACAGACCCCUCAGCGCCCCCAGGCCCUUUGACUCACCUGAGCCUGCCGGACAGCUCGGAGGCGCGGCCGCAGAGCGGAGCCCACGGGCGGAGCCUCCCGGGCAAUUGGACCAGGUCCUCCCCAGAGCGCGUCAUGGUCCUGAGGGAAGGCGUGCGCCAGUGCCUGCAGCAACAGGGUGCGCAGACUGUGCGGAUCCUGCACGCUAAGGUGGCCCAGAAGUCCUAUGGAAAUGAGAAGCGGUUCUUCUGCCCCCCGCCCUGUGUCUACCUCGCAGGUCCCGGCUGGAGAGUGAAGCCAGUGCAGGGCCAAGCCCACCAGGCAGGGGAAACCGGGCCCACGGUCUGCGGUUACAUGGGACUGGACGGCGCGUCCGGCAGCGCCGCCGAGACGCAAAAGUUGAAUUUCGAAGAGCAGCCGGACUCCAGGGAAUUCGGUUGCGCCAAGACCCUGUACAUCUCGGACGCAGACAAGAGGAAGCACUUCCGACUGGUGCUGCGGCUGGUGCACAGAGGGGGCCGAGAGCUGGGCACCUUCCACAGCCGCCUCAUCAAGGUCAUCUCGAAGCCCUCGCAGAAGAAGCAGUCGCUGAAAAACACCGACCUGUGCAUAUCCUCGGGCUCGAAGGUCUCUCUCUUCAACCGCCUGCGCUCCCAGACCGUGUCCACGCGCUACCUCUCUGUGGAAGAUGGGGCCUUUGUGGCCAGCGCACGCCAGUGGGCUGCUUUCACGCUCCACCUGGCUGAUGAACACUGUUCUCAGGGGGACUUCCCGCCUCGAGAAGGCUACGUCCGCUACGGCUCCCUAGUGCAACUUGUCUGUACUGUCACAGGCAUCACACUACCUCCAAUGAUCAUCCGCAAAGCAGCCAAACAGUGCGCCCUCCUUGACGUGGACGAGCCCAUUUCCCAACUGCAUAAGUGUGCAUUCCAGUUUCCCGGUGAUCCUUCCGGAGGGGUGGGCACUUACUUAUGCCUGGCUACAGACAAGGUGGUGCAAUUCCAGGCCUCCCCCUGCCCCAAGGAGGCAAACAGGGCGCUACUCAACGACAGCUCUUGCUGGACCAUCAUCGGCACCGAGGCGGUGGAGUUCUCCUUCAGCACCAGCCUGGCAUGGACGCGGGAGCCGGUCACUCCGGUGCCCCUCAUCAGCACCCUGGAGCUGAGCGGUGGGGGCGACGUGGCCACGCUGGAACUCCACGGUGAGAACUUCCACGCGGGGCUCAAGGUGUGGUUCGGGGACGUGGAGGCGGAAACCAUGUACAGGAGCCCGCGGUCCCUGGUGUGCGUCGUGCCUGACAUAGCCGCCUUAGGCAGCGACUGGCGCUGGCUGCGCACACCCAUCACUGUGCCCGUGAGCCUGGUGCGUGCCGACGGCCUCUUCUACCCCAGCGCCUUCUCCUUCACCUACACCCCGGAGUACAGUGCGAGGCCCGGCCCCCCGGGCGCCCCGGAGCCCGCCCCCGACGCAGACGCGCUGCUGGAGAGCAUCCACCACGAGUUCACGCGCACCAACUUCCACCUCUUCAUCCAGACUUAG